AUGCGCAGCCCCGGUGCACAGGACCCCCGGCGUUCAGACGGGCCCCCCCGCCCAGUGCCGCACACCCCCCGCUCCACCCCGGGCUUCCCCCGCCGCCGGUGCCACUGCGUCCCUGCGCUGAGCGCCGGCCCCGGCCCGUACUCACGCCCGGGGCUCCCGGUGGCGCCGCCGGUCUCGGCUCAGAGCGGCCCUGGGGCCGGUCCCGGCGACGGCGGCGUUUCCAUCCCGGCCCGGCCCGGCCGCGCUAUUGUUGGGAGGCGGCGGCGGCGGCUCCGCCUUCCCGCCGCGGCCGGGGAGGAGCUGGGAUGGAGCCGCCGCCUCCCCCGGUGCGCGGCUCCGCCAGCGCCAGCCCCGGGGAACCGGCGCUGGGGCCCCCGGGAGCCACGGCACCGGCACACCGGGAAUCACCCCGGGAGAGGAAGCACCGGGAAUCCCCCCGCGGCACCGGGCGCCGCCGGAGGGACGGGGCAGAGCACGGAGGGAUCCCCGCAGGGCAUCCCGCACCCUCUGGAGGGACAGCCCGGAGCCCCGGGACCCCUCCGGGAGCCCCCCGGGGCGGCAGGCGCGGAGCCGAGCCGUGACCCCCGGCCGUGGCCUCCACCCCCCCGCCCCUCGAGGGUGAGGAAGCGGCCCCGGGGCCGGCGGCUCCGGCUGCGUCACGGGGGGAAGUGA